AUGUCUCUCUCUCUCUCUCUCUCUCUCUCUCUCUCUAUUUAUCUAUCUAUCUCUAUAUCUCUAUCUCUCUGUGUUGCUUCGGAUGAUGUAUUUCAUUCUCUCUCUCUCUCUCUCUCUCUCUUUCUCUCUCUCUCUAUCUAUCUAUCUAUCUAUCUAUCUAUCUAUCUCUUAUUUCCCCUUUCUUUCAUUCUUUUCUUCUUUUUCUUUCGCUUUCUUUUUCUCUUUCUUCGUUUUUCUUUUUCUUCCUUUCUUUCUGUUCUUUUUCUUUUGUUUUCUUUUUAUCUGUCAUAUUUCUUUUCUUUCUUUCUUUCUUUCUUUUUCCACUUAUUUUUAUUAUAUUUUUCUCUGUUUCUUACUUUCUUUCUCUCUCUCUUAUUUUUCUACUUCUUUCUUUUUUUUUCUUUCUUUCUUUCUCUUUUCUUUUUUUUCUUUCUUCUUUCUUCCUCUUUAUUUCACUUUCUUUUUUCCCUUUCGUUUUCCUUUUUUCUUUCUUUCUUUUUUCUUUCCAAUUCUCUUUCCCUCUCUUUUGACCGUCACUUGAUCCUUUUUGAUUGCACCAUUAGACGAGCGGCGACAUUUAUGAGUCCCGUGCAGUCUCUCCACUUGACCGUUUCCCCGUGUAUUGUACGCAGUAGAUAUACUCGUAGUUAUUCAUUUCUAUUGAAAAAAUUAUUAUCACUCAAUCUAUCUAUCUAUCUAUCUAUCUAUCUAUAA